AAAGAUGGCAGCCUCCAUGUGGAAAAAAAUAAGAAGUUCUGUUUCAAGAGAUAAUUUAUAUAGACUUGUUUUUGAUCCACAGCUUGCAAUUUUUUCUAUGUGUGCCCUCCUAAUAGCUGAAAUUGCUGUAAACAUUUUAGUGAUUAACAAGAUUAAAUAUACUGAGAUAGACUGGAAAGCUUAUAUGCAGGAGGUGGAGGGUGUGGUGAAUGGAACAUAUGACUACAUCAAGCUUAGAGGAGACACAGGACCCUUAGUGUAUCCUGCUGGUUUUGUGUAUAUCUACCUGGCCCUGUAUUAUAUCACAGGUUACGGCCACAAUAUCAGACUAGGACAGUAUUUAUUUGCGGGGCUUUACGUACUAUCACUGGUGGUCCUGUUUGACAUCUACAGGAGGACAAACAAGGUCCCCCCUUAUGUCUUUUUGUUUAUGUGUUGUGCCUCCUACAGGAUCCAUUCUAUCUACGUCCUGCGACUGUUUAAUGACCCGGUAGCCAUGUUCUUUAUGUAUCUAGCUGUCAAUUUCUUCCUCAGAGACAAGUGGGGCAUUGGCUGUCUGAUGUACAGUUUGGGUGUGUCCAUCAAGAUGAACCUGUUACUGUUCAGUCCAGCUGUACUUAUGUUGUUAAUGGUCAGAUUUGGGACACUGAAAACUAUCUGGUACCUUACCAUAUGUGCUGCUCCUCAGGUUGUGUUAGCAGUUCCAUUUCUACUAGAGAACCCUGUUGGUUACAUACUGAUGUCAUUUAACUUUGGUCGUCAGUUUUUCUACAUGUGGACCGUUAACUGGAGACUGAUUCCAGAGGAGCUUUUCCACAGUAAAUAUUUCCAGUCAGCUCUACUCAUCUCACACGUCACAGUUCUCAUCUUGUUUUUCUUAUUUAAAUGGAGGAGGUUAUAUCCAGGUGUCAACUUCAGCCUCUGGAUGAAAGAGUCCAACACAACACUAUCUCCAAAUCAGAUAUUACUUCCCCUAUUUACAGCCAAUCUGAUAGGGAUGAGUUUUAGUCGGUCCCUUCAUUAUCAGUUCUAUGUCUGGUAUUUCCACACACUUCAUUAUCUUCUCUGGUCAACAGCUCAGCCUUCCAUUGUCAAUAUCCUGGUAUUGGGUGUGAUAGAGCUGUGUUGGAAUACAUAUCCUUCCACCAUACUAAGUAGUUCCCUGUUACAUAUGUGUCAUGCUGUUAUGUUAUAUGGACUUUGGUUUUCUCCAGAUUACACACCAAUGGGCAAAAAAAAGACAACUGCUAAAGUGAACUGAUUAUGGGAAUUGUGCAAUACUUUACCAAAAAUAUUAAAAUAAGAUUUAUGUUUAAUAUGAUGUGUUCAGAUGUGCCAUGAAUUAUAUAUUACUAUACAAAUUAUAUAAAGUUUUGUGCCUGUU